AUGGCAAUUAGACCAGCGUACAGGCCGACGAUUGUCAAGAAGAGGACAAAGAAGUUCGUUAGACAUCAAAGUGACCGCUAUGACAAGCUCAAGCGUAACUGGAGGAAGCCCAAGGGUAUUGACAACAGAGUACGUAGACGUUUCAAGGGCCAGUACUUGAUGCCCAACAUUGGUUACGGUAGUAAUGCUAAAACUAGACAUAUGCUACCCACUGGAUUCAGGAAAGUCCUCGUACACAAUGUCAAGGAAUUGGAAGUCCUGAUGAUGCAAAACCGUAAAUUCUGCGCUGAAAUCGCCCACGCAGUAAGCAGUAAAAAACGCAAAUCCAUUGUUGAACGUGCCCAGCAAUUGUCUAUCCGUGUAACGAACGCUAACGCACGUAUCCGUUCUGAAGAAAACGAAUAA